AUGAUUAAAGAAAUUGGAGACUUUCCCCAAAAAGGUGAUGUUGUUCCCUUUAUAGGAGUCGUGAUUGGAUGGAUAGUUUUUGCAUACUUGAUGUAUAGAGUUGCAACGGUUAAAAUUGAAGUGGAGGUUUGGGACCCUUACGAAGUGCUUGGACUCAGUGAAUCGUCAUCAUUAGAACUUAUUAAGAAACAUUAUAAAGAACUGACAUAUUCAUUGGGAAUCGCACUUCCAACUUGGUUGGUUGAAUCAAAAAAUAGUCCUUUUGUACUUGGAAUUUAUGGAAUUGUGUUUGGUUUAUUACUUCCUUAUUAUGUGGGAAGUUGGUGGUACAGCUCAAAUAGUUACACCAAAGAUAGAAUCAGAACACAUACCAUGGAUCUUUAUUUUAAAGAAUUAAGGCAAAACACCAGUUUCAAACAAAUAUUAGAACUUCUUUCUGCAUCAGUUGAAUUUAUGGAAUUAGUUGAACAAAGGUCUUCCGACAACGCGCCGAUUACAACGGUUAUUUCAUCUGUUAAAGAAGAUCUAGAAAAAAGAUUUAGUGAUAAAUACUUGACAAGUAAAAAGUAUAUUGCACCGUAUUCCCAAAAAGCAAAUGCAUUGACAUAUUCACAUUUGCUAAGAAUAGACAUUAAAGACAAAAAUUUGUUAAAAGAUAGAUAUUUUAUUAUUGAAAGAUCUGUUCACCUUGUAAAUGGUUUAUUGGAAAUAGCAUUGGCACAUCGUUGGUUACAAACAACUAUUAGGUGCAUGGAACUUUCUCAACUGUUGGUGCAAGCGAUGUGGAUAAAUGAUAAUCCACUGAUCCAGCUACCUUAUAUAACCAUUGACGUAUUAAAAGCGAUGAAGAUUAAGAAAAAAGUGAUUAGAAAUAUUGGGCAAUUUAGAAAUAUGAAUGAUGAAGAACGAAGGAAUUUAUUAAAGUCAUUAUCAGAUUUAGAAUAUGGAACAGUUUUACAUGUUGCUAAUUCUUAUCCUAUUCUAGAAAUUGUACAAGCAGUUUUCAAAGUUACUGGAGAUGAUAUAAUUACGCCUGGUUCAAUUGUAACUUGUAUUUUAAAAGUUAAACUUGCUGGUACUAAAGCAGUCAGUAAAAAUAUCAAUAAUGUUAAAAAUAAUAACGAGGAUGAAUUAUUAUUUGGCAGUUCAAAAAGAAAAGAAAUCAAAGAGAAGAGCGACUUUGUACAUGCACCUUAUUUGGCACGUGAUAAAAAACCAUACUGGUGGAUUUUCAUGGCUGAUGAAAAACAUGAUAGAAUAAUCAUUGAGCCAGUCAAAGUUACUGAUAUUGUAACCAAGCGAACAUUUAAAUUUCAAUUCCAAGCUCCUCGUGAACCUGGUUUAUAUUCUUUCACCUUUUAUUUUAAGAGUGAUUCAUAUUUUGGUGCUGAUAUUAAAAAAGAUAUGAAGUUGGACGUAAAAGACUUUUCAGAACUUCCACCACAAGAAGAAGUUGAUGAUGAUAUAUCAGAACCUGAAGAAGAUUCUUUGGCAGCCAAAAAAUCUGGUGGUGAUAGCGACGAUAGCGAUGAUAGCGAUGGAGAUGGAGACAGUAGCGAUGAUGAUUAA